CGGGUCGCGCACUCUCUUGCGUCGGCUGAAGCUGAGGCUGGCUGCGUGGAGCCCGAGCUGGAGCACGCCCUGCGCAGGGUACCGGGGUCCCAGGAGACCCGCACCAGGACAGCAGGCGCCUGGAGCGAGGCUGCGGAUGUGUGUUCGCACGUACCCCGGUCUGGAGCAACUUUGGACGCCCUGAACAGCAAGGCCUUGUUCCCCCUUCCAGAGAUGAGCAUCCUAGAGCAGGGAGAUGGCCUCUUGUGGCCAUCACCAGCCAUGAGCACCACAGAAAGAAUCUGUGGGAAACCUGGGGCCAAAAUGUCAUCGAGGACAAAGCAGGAGGCUGCAGAGGAUGGAGAGCCACCAGGACCGGGGGAAGGUGCCUGGUCCAGGCCAGCUGCUGAGUCCACCAGGCUAGAGGCCACAUUCCCCAAAGCCACACCCUUGGCCCAAGACGCUCCCUUGGCCAGGAUGGGGACCCCACCCAAGGGGUGGGACCUCCUGCCUGCUGACUGUGCAGCCUCCACCGUGGGCUCCAGCACAGACGAUCUGGAGCUCUCUAUGGAGUUUCCAGCCCCAGAAGCUUGGGACUGGGAACUCAAAGAGCUAGAGAAAGACAGACCUGCCCCAAGCCCAUCCCCGCAGGCCCCUCUACUCAGCCUCGGUUGGGAUGAUGAGCUGCAGAAGCCGGGGUCGCAGGUCUACAUGCACUUCAUGCAGGAACACACCUGCUAUGAUGCCAUGGCAACCAGCUCCAAGUUGGUCAUCUUCGACACCAGCCUGGAGAUCAAGAAGGCCUUCUUUGCCCUGGUGGCCAAUGGCGUUCGGGCAGCCCCUCUAUGGGACAGCAAGAAACAGAGUUUUGUGGGGAUGCUCACCAUCACAGACUUCAUCCUGGUGCUGCACCGAUACUACAGGUCCCCUCUGGUCCAGAUCUAUGAGAUUGAACAACAUAAGAUAGAGACCUGGAGGGAGAUCUACCUUCAAGGCUGCUUCAAGCCUCUGGUCUCCAUCUCUCCCAACGACAGCCUGUUCGAAGCCGUCUACGCCCUCAUCAAGAACAGAAUCCACCGUCUGCCGGUCCUGGACCCCUUGUCAGGCACAGUGCUCUACAUCCUCACACACAAGCGGCUGCUCAAAUUCCUGCAUAUCUUUGGGGCCUUGCUACCCCGGCCCUCCUUCCUCUGCCGCACUAUCCAAGAUUUGGGCAUCGGCACAUUCCGAGACUUGGCUGUGGUGCUGGAGACAGCGCCCAUCCUGACCGCACUGGACAUCUUUGUGGAUCGGCGAGUGUCAGCACUGCCUGUAGUCAAUGAAUCUGGUACCAGCACCAGGGCAGGGGGCUCUGGACAGGGUCAGGUCGUGGGCCUCUAUUCCCGCUUUGAUGUGAUUCAUCUGGCGGCCCAGCAAACCUACAACCACCUCGACAUGAGUGUAGGAGAAGCCCUGAGGCAGAGGACACAGUGUCUGGAGGGAGUCCUUUCCUGCCAGCCCCAUGAGACCCUGGGGGAAGUGAUUGACAGGAUUGCCAGGGAACAGGUGCACCGGCUGGUGUUAGUGGAUGAAACUCAGCAUCUCCUGGGUGUGGUAUCCCUCUCGGACAUCCUUCAGGCCCUGGUGCUUAGCCCUGCUGGUAUUGAUGCCCUCAGCACCUGAGAAUAUCCAAGUCCUUACUCCCAGGUCACUUCCACACCUGCAAGUCAGUGAAGGUUGCUGGGGGGCACAGCCUUCAUCUUCCCUCACCCCAGUUUGCCAGUUCAGCUCUGGUUCAGACUUCUCCAGCCCUCCUGAAUCACCCUGUUCUCCUAGAAGCCCUUGGACAUGCCCAGUCUGCUGUGGACAAUGACACUAAGGACAAUGGCUGAGUCAAGCCUGGAGGAACCUGACCCAGACUCUAGGAUUACCCCAGGUCACCCGUGCUCCACACACACUUGUAUCCACUCCCUCCAACCUGGGUUGAGACUGGUCGCUGGGGUGCAGUGAGCCUGAAGCCUAUAGGUACAGUCAUGGGCUCUAGAUCUCUCCACUUCUGGAUAUGUUCAGCUCAUUCCCCAGUCCUGAGAGUCCCAGCUGCUCCUUCCCAAUGGGAUCCACCAUAGUGACACUGCCCUCCUACUGUCCUGGCAUAGUCAUUUCAAGGGUGCUGGCAGUCACUAUUUCCAGAGCUGCCACUGUUCUCCAGGAAACCCCUUUGUUCUUGCCAGUGGACAGUGUUCUUUGUUCCCAGUGACCAUGACCUUGUACUAAGAUCCCUGAGAACAACCAGUCUUCAAAACAAAACCAAAAAGAAUAAGCCAUGGACUUGGA